AUGAAAUAAAGUGUAAGAAUUAUUAACAUUAAAGUAUGUCUUACGCUAGUUUCGUAUUGUUUGUGAUGAUUGGAGUGCUUUGCAGCACGACUACCGCACGGCCCGGUCAGUGCGGGAGAAAUCAAGAGUGGAACGAAUGUGGAUCGGCAUGUCCACCAUCUUGUAACUCGUCCCCUAAUCAAUUCUGUACAUUACAAUGUGUGAUAGGAUGCUCUUGUAAAAAUGGAUAUGUGCUAAAUUCCUCAGGAGAAUGUGUGCACCCUUCACAAUGUUAGAAAUUAAUUGUAUCAAUUGUAUAUACUUACUAAAGAGUUGACAACUUUUAUUUAACGUCAAUGAGAUUUUUAUUAAUACUUUUAACUAAAAAUCGAUAA